GUUGUCGGCAGUCCGCUCCGGAGACAGCUAACGUUAAACACAGCUCGGGCCAUUGCGACAAAUGGCGUCAUGCAGCGUUGUGUCGUCCGUGCAAACUCUGUAGCUUGAAAAAGCCAUCAGCGAGCAAGUAUCGCGGCUGUCAGACUGCAAUCUUGCCCCCAGUACGAGUCGAUGUAACGUUAGCGUAACGGCCACGCACGCUAGCUAGCUAGCUAGCUGCUGCAGCAUCACUGUCAACAUCAACAUGGCACACUGGACCGCUUUCGAAAAGGAGACGGAGAGAGAAACGAAGAGGCUGAUCAGAUGCAUCGGCGGGGUCGAGGACGAAGAGGACCAGAACUUUCAGCUGGCACAGAAAUUUGCCUGGACGAAUUUCAGGUUUCAUCGUUUCCUGGACGUGGACAGCCACAAAGUCCAACGCAGUCUGAGUGGAAUCUAUGAGAAGCUCAUGGUCCACUCUGAUGUGAGCAAAGCAGAGAGCUGGAAGAGGCUCACGGAGGAGUUCCUGAACUCCCCUUUACCGAAUACGGAGGGAAUAAAGAGCGACGCACACUACAGCGCCUUGUCUCUGCUGCUCUUCUUAUCGGACUCGCCCUUAAACACGGACUUCACCGAGAGGCCCAGGGUGAAGGAGGCCGAAGAAGACAGCUUUGAUUGGGCGAAAUAUCUGAUGGAGGGUGAGGACGUAGACAUUGGACCAUACCCAGAUACGCCUGAGUGGUCAGAGGAGGAGAGCGAGGACGACGACAGCCAGCAGCCGAUCAGCAGAGAAGACUCUGGGAUCCAGUGUGACAGAACGCCGCAGGAAGACCAGGACAACAACAACAACAACAACAAGGCGGUUCCCGUUACCUGGACAGUGGGGGAGCCCGCCGCCCGGGUCUGGCUGGAGCAGCACGUCGUGACGCCGUACUGGGUUCCUCACGCUCCUCGCUUCCCUCACAGCUUACAUCUACACUCCAACCUGCUCAAUGUGUGGGAUCAGCACCUGUACAACACGGACCCGCUGUAUCUGCCCGAAGAAAAGGCCUUCGUCACCGAGACCCAAGUGAUACGGGAGACUCUGUGGCUUCUCUCCGGGGUGAAGAAACACUUCAUCUUCCAACACCACGAUGGCAAAGUGUCGGUGAGGAGCAACGUGGUGGUAACUCAUCUCACCAGUAACUGCCUGCGCUCCGUGCUGGAGCACAUCGCCGUGUUCGGGCAGGCGGUGUUCCGGCUGCAGAGGUUCAUCGACGAGGUGACGGGUCACGGCUCGGAGCCCAGCCCGCCGGGCCCCGCCUCCAAGAAGGGCGCCGAGCCCCCCUUCAGGACGUACCAGGCCUUCGUGUGGGCGCUCAACAAGUACUUCACCGGCUUCAAAGAGGAGCUGACCACCAUCGAGAGGGAGGUCAUAUGCAAUGAUGAGACUGUGACCCUGUCGGCGGUUCUAGACCGACUGAGCCCUCACUUGGCCCAGAUCAAGGUGCUGCACAAAGUCUUCUGCACCGGGGUCGCCGAAGUCCCCCCCGAGACCCCCAACGUGGUGCGGGCCUCUCACCUGCUCAACACCCUGUACAAGGCCAUCAUAGAGUACGACAGCGGCGGGGAGGCGUCGGAGCAGGCGGUGGCCUUGCUGUUCUCCCUGUGGACGGAGACGGUCCGUCCCUACCUGGAGAUCGUGGACGAGUGGAUCGUUCACGGCCACCUGUUCGAUCCCGCCAAGGAGUUCAUCAUCCAGAGGAACAAGGACGUGCCGGUGAACCACAGGGACUUCUGGUACGCCACCUACACCCUGUACAGCGUGUCGGAGACGGUGGACAACGAGGAGAAGCUGAACGACGCGGCCAGCGGGAGCUCCGGGGGGGAUCAGGCCUCCGGCAGCAGGCAGCUCACCAUGGUGUCCUUCCUCAAGCCCGUGCUCAAGCAGAUCAUCAUGGCCGGCAAGUCCAUGCAGCUGCUCAAAAAUCUGGACUGCAAGGAGACCGAGGAGUCCGGGAGGUCCCCCAGAGAUGCGGAGAGGAAGAGCUUGUACGCUCUGUUUCUGGAGUCGGUGCAGUCGCGCCUCUGCAGCCGGGACGAGUCUCCCGCGGAGACGGUCACCGAGCAACAGGCCACCAGGAGGAGCCUGAUCAAGAUGCAGUCCAUCAUCUCGCAGCACCUGGAGAUGCAGGACGUGCACGACCCGCUGCUGGCCAUCAACUUCGCCAGGCUGUACCUGGAGCAGAGCGACUUCCACGAGCGUUUCUCCGGAGGCGACUUCAACGUGGACCGCUCGUCUCAGUCGGUCACGUGCCAGACCUUCGAGCUCACGCUGCGCUCCUGCCUCUACCCGCACAUCGAGAGGCGCUACGUCGAGUGCUGCGGGAACCUCAUGAAGACCCUGAAGAAGGACUACAGGCUGCUGGGAUACCUCCAAGCCAUGAGGAACUACUUCCUGCUGGAGGCCGGGGACACCAUGUACGACUUCUACACGGCCAUCUUUGACAAGGUGCAGGAGAAGGAGAGCUGGCAGCAGCUGUCUUUCCUUAACGGUCAGCUGCAGGAGGCCGUGGGACAGCGCCACCCCGAGGACAGCAGCAGGUUGUCAAUCUUCUUGGAGACCAUCGACCCGGCCAGGAAGAAACACCCUGUGAACAAUCUAGAAGUUCUUACGCUGGGCUACAAGGUUCCCUGGCCCGUUGACAUCGUGAUCAGCUCAGAGUGUCAGAAGAUCUACAACCAGGUGUUCCUCCUGCUGCUGCAGAUCAAAUGGGCCAAAUACAGCCUGGACACCCUCCGGUUCAGCGACUUCACCGACGUCACCAAGAAUCCGGAUGGAGCUCUGGGCGAGGAGGUGAAGGUCAAGGAGCCGGUGAACCAGCAGAUUCACCGGAUGUGUCUGCUGAGGGUCAAGCUGAUGCACUUUGUCAACAGCCUCCACAACUACAUCAUGACCAGGAUUCUGCACAGCACAGGACUGGAGUUUCAGCACCAAGUGCAGGAGGCAAAGGACCUGGACCAGCUGAUCAAGAUCCACUACAGAUAUUUGGCAACCAUUCACGACCGCUGCCUCCUGAGGGAGAAGGUCAGUUUUGUGAAGGAGGCCAUAAUGAAGGUUCUCAAUCUGGUCCUCAUCUUCUCUGAACGGUGGCAGGCGGGAUUCGGAGCCUGGAAAAUCGAGUCCAUCGAUAAAAUGGAAUCCGAUUUCAAAAACUGUCACAUGUUCCUUGUGACGAUUCUGAACAAGGCUGUGUGUCGGGGCUCCUUUCCUCAUUUGGAGUCUCUGGCUCUGUCUCUCAUGGCCGGCUUUGAGCAGUGCUGAGGAACCAGACACCGCGUGUCUGCUGUGACCCGGCGGACUGAACCGAGAUGUCACGUAUGACAUCGCUGUCUGCUGCCCAGACAACGUGAUGUCGGGGGGUUUUUUUUCUUCUUUUUGCCGCCGGAGUCGGACAAACUGCUUAUUGACAAACUUGAGCUUCUGUAUUUAAAAUGAAAAAAGUGACUUUUUGUACAAUACUGUUUGUUAAUUAUGUGUAUAUAUGAAGCACAAUAAAUAUUGCACAGUGAUUA